AUGGAGUCUGUUCCAAAUUCUUCAUGGCUCAUGGAUCCCUCUGAUGUACUGAAGAAUGCUAAUAUAAUACCUGCCACUGAAAGCACUUCAAAUACUCAAAAUACUCACAAUAUGAACGGUUCUUAUGCUAGGGACAUGGAUAAUAUAAUUGGGCCGAAUAACAUUUAUUACCAACAACCAUAUCUAAUAAAGAGCAGCACCAACAGUUGUAAUAAUAACAAUAAUAAUAACGAUAAUACGAAUGCACCUCUUUUUGAAGACCAAGAUAACUUCGAUUCUCUUUUCGAUUUAAACUAUACAGACAUAGAUAGUCUUUUAACUCAAGAAUUGAAAGACCUAGAUAUACCACUAAUACCUACCGAUAACAAUAAUAGUAGUAAUGACAGCAAUCAAUGGAAUAACCAUCAAUACGGUAAGAAAUCAAUGUCUCAUAAGAGAGGACCAAGUGGUACAGCCAUCUUUGGUUUCUUGAAUCAUAAUAAAAAUCUGAGUAUAUCGAGCGUUAAUAGACACAUACUUGAACUGUCAAAAGAUCCGACAAGCUUUGAUAUUAAUUUUCUACAAAAUAAUAGUAAUAAUACUAUACAAGAAGUCCCUAAUGAAAAUCCAGCUACUAACCACUUAAGUCAAAGUUUACUCAAACAACAAGAGAAAUUAAGAUUGGCAUUAGAACAACAGAAGGAAGUUAACAAAAAAUUAGAAUUACAAUUGAAAGAAAAUCAACUUCAACAAGAAAAAUUACAAAGAGUAUUGUUGGAACAAGAAGCUGUCGCCCAACAAUUAGUUUCAAAAAAUACAAAUAAUGAUCCCUAUGAGACGAAUAAUGAUGAUGCUUUCAUAAUAACAACCCCUCCUCCUAAAAUAAAUCUGAAUCCAAGUAGCAACAAUAAUAAUAGUAACAAUAAAUAUAGCAAUAAUAAUAAUAAUAUUCGAAAUGAUGAGUUGAUCAUUACUACCAAUUCUACAAACGGUAAAUAUCAAUUCCCACCUCCAAUAAUGAUAUCACCUGCAAAUUCUAACUCUAAUUCAAAUAGUUCAAUGAAUGCAUCUCCAACAAGAAGAGGAAGAGGACAUAAUAGAAGAUUCAUACUCUCUGAAGUAUCGGAUAAUGGUAAUAUUGAGGAUGAAUCAUUUCGAGCGACAAAGGAUGGUGGUAAUAAUGAUAACUUCUCGACGAAUACACCAGACUUAUUGGCGACAACAAACUAUUUCCAAGAAUUGAGUAAACAAAGAGAUUGUUAUCCUCCUGUAUCAUCUACAAAACUUGCGCCUUCGGCUGUAAUUGCUCCACCUUUAAAUUCACCAUUUUAUAUUCAAUCACCAGGGAAAGAAAGCAAUGAUACCUUACAAGAAAAGUCAAGUUUCUUGAAUCCAUUCACAGCCAAUACACAGUAUUCAUCGUCGUCGCCAUCUGAACCUGCUACUUCAAGGACUAUAUUAUCACUCCAUAGCAAAAAAGAUUCUUGUCUUUCAACAGUUUCAACAAUCCCACAAACACUUGAUGAAGCACUUAUAAAUUCUCAAGGAAUAGAACAUGAUAACCAAAAGCGAUUACUAGGAUUAGGUUUGAAUAUGGCUCUAGAGUCAACAACAACAGAACAACAACAACAACAACAAAGGCGAGAUUCAAUACGGAAACCACCACCCUUAAAUAUACUACCCACGAUCCCAGGUUCUUCAAACAAUACACCAAUCAAGAAGAAUAAGAAUCAAUUCCCACAAAAGCAUACAUUUCAACAUACACCAAUCAAGACACUGACUCCCAUGAGAACACAUAACAACGCUAUAUCGCCUACAGCUUCCAAUCUAGAGGCACCACUGCCGCCCCCACCAACAUUACCAUUAUCAUUGUUGUCAACACCAACACCUCCAAGAUCACAAACGAUACGGACAACAAGCCCCACAAGAAUAACGAAGAAACCAACCACAUUACCACCAGGAACGAUAGAUCAAUACGUUGAAGAAUUACCAAACAAACAAUUCGGAUGUCUAUACCCCAAUUGUGAUAAGAUAUUCAAAAGAAGAUAUAACGUACGAACACAUAUUCAAACACAUUUAGAGGAUCGUCCAUACCGUUGUGAAUUCCGCGGUUGUGAGAAGGCAUUUGUCAGGAAUCAUGAUCUUGUUAGACAUAAGAAGUUGCAUGCUGAGAAGCAUAUGAAGACUCAAUCUCCAAUCAAGAAGAAGAACGCCAUUGAAGAGGAGCGUAGCCCAGUUAAGGAGACCAUAGAGAGAGACAAAGAUAAAGGUAUAGUCGUGAUGAAGAUACAAGAACAAUUAAGGGAGGAACAGGAGGGUCAUGAGUCAUCAUCCACCUUGGCACAAGAGCCAACAAUAACAAGAGUUUGUAGCGAUGACUCCAUGACCUCUAUGUGGGUUGAUUAA